GGCCUCCCCUCCGAGGUCACACUGCUGGAGCUGUGAUGUCACAGAGACUCCAUUGACCAACUCAUAUAGGACCACACCCCCACAGUAAGGUGAAGGCGGGAUCUGAUCAUCCAUCAUCUCUACGCCGUCACAAGGUGCUGAUAUGUGUACACGAUGAGUGGACUGGGGGAGAACUCCAUGGAGCCUCUGAGCUCAGAAAAUCGUAAACGCAAGCUCUCCACUUGCGACACGCCUGGUCUGGGGUGUGAGAGGAAGAGACGGGAGCAGGAGAGCAAAUACAUAGAGGAGCUGGCGGAGUUGAUCUCCGCCAACCUCAGUGACAUCGACAGCUUCAACGUCAAACCAGACAAAUGUGCCAUUCUCAAAGAGACAGUGCGCCAGAUCCGCCAGAUCAAAGAGCAGGGAAAAGCUUCAUCCAAUGAUGAUGACGUUCAGAAGUCAGACGUGUCCUCAACAGGUCAGGGGGUCAUUGACAAGGACCACCUGGGGCCACUCCUGCUGCAGGCUCUGGACGGCUUCCUCUUUGUGGUGAAUCGGGAGGGCAGCAUCGUGUUUGUGUCGGACAACGUGACGCAGUACCUGCAGUACAAACAGGAAGAGCUCAUCAGCACCAGUGUGUACAACAUUCUCCAUGAGGAUGACAGGGAGGAGUUCCACAAGAAUCUGCCCAAGACCAACAUAAAUGGAGUGUCGUGGGGAAGCGAGACAGCCCGACAGAAGAGUCACACCUUCACUUGCCGGAUGCUGGUCAAGUUUGGCCACACCAAUGGCCCCAUGGACGACGGGCCAGGAGGACCACGCUAUGAGACCAUGCAGUGUUUUGCUCUUACCCAGCCCAAAGCCAUGAUCGAGGAAGGAGAAGACCUUCAAUCAUGUAUGAUCUGUGUGGCCCGUCGGGUGACUGCGAUGGAGAGAACAGAGAGUUUCAACACUCGGCAUGAGCUCUCAGGUAAAUUGAUCCAGAUCGACCAGAACUCUUUGCGAGCAUCAAUGCGGCCUGGCUGGGAGGAUUUGUUGAGGCGCUGCAUUCAGAUGUUUCUGCAGCACAGCGAUGGGCAGCCAUGGUCACACAAACGCCACUACCAUGAGGCCUUUCUGCAGGGUCACGCCGAGACGCCGCUGUACCGUUUCUCUCUGUCCGACGGCACUCCAGUCACAGCACAGACCAAGAGCAAGCUGUACCGUCACCCCAUGAGCAACGAGCCACAAGGCUUCAUUUCCACUCACCUACUGCAGAGAGAACUAAAUGGUUACCGUCCAGGUCAGGGUGGGAGCAUGAUGCCAAACACUAUGAGACAACAGGGCAUGGGAGGUCCCAACCCAAAUGCCCAAAUGAACAUGAACCCCAGUGGGGGGAUGGGCAUGGGCAGCAUGAACAGGGGCUUCGGCCUGAAUGAGCAGAGCCACAUGGGUCACAUGGGCCCAAUGGUAGGCAGCUCUAUGUAUGGAGGGAGUGGUGGAGGAGGAAGUGGAGGUGGAGGCAUGGGCAACCGCAUGAUGCAGAUGAAUCAGAUGGGGCCGAUGAAUCAGGUGGGGCACAUGAAUCAGAUGAGUCAGAUGGGUCCCAUGAAUCACCCAGCUCAAGGCAUGCAGCAGCACCCACAGCAGCCCCCAUUUCAGAGCAGCGGCGGGUUUGGGCUCAGUGGCAUGAACAGUCCUGCAGGAAGCCCCAGAAUGGGUGGCCCACAGCAGGGACUCCUGAUGUCACCCCGGAACCGAGGGAGCCCAAAGAUGGGCUCCAACCAGUUCUCACCAGGAGGCUUACAUUCUCCUCUGAGUGGCAUUGCCAGUGGUGGAGGAGGUGGGGGCAGCACGGCCACCUUCUCAAGUAGCUCCCUUAAUGCCCUACAAGCCAUUAGUGAAGGAGUAGGGAGCUCCCUGCCUUCCACCCUAACAUCCCCUACGGCAGCCCACAAGCCAGACAGCUCUCCGAGUGUCCUCUCCUCCUCCUCGUCCUCUCAGCCCAGUCAGCCAGCCAAACCAGGACAAGAUGGUUCCAAAAGCCCAGCAGGAAGCUUAGGGGCUGGGCCUGGCGACCAUCACCACCAGAUGCACCAUCACCACCAUCAUCAACAUCCUCAGGCUGAGAGUUCUGGGGACAGACCAGACAGCCAGGCAGCUAUAGCAACUAAAGAAUCUGGAGAGGGGAGCAAUGAGGCGGGAGUGGCGAGCUCUGAACCCUCUCGGAGGAUCCCAGAUAGUAAGGGGCAUAAGAAGUUGCUGCAGUUGCUGACUUCCCCAACUGAGGAGCUGGGACUAGGUGGUAGCGCCGGUCCUCCUCUGCCACCACCACCAACCAGUAGCAGCACUGCUGCAGGCUGUGAUAGUAAGGACCCCACUGGGGGAAUGACUAGUCCCUCAUCCACUGGAGUCUCCUCCUCUUCUUCAGCCACUGUCAAUCCAGGCCAGAUGACUGGACCAGGGGGAGUGUCAACAUCGAUAUCAUCAGCCCACUACACUGGCUCGCUGCAAGAAAAGCACAAGAUCCUCCACAAGCUUCUUCAAAAUGGCAACACCCCAGAUGAAGUAGCUAAAAUCACAGCCGAGGCCACAGGGAAGGUGUCACUUGGGAGCCAAGAAGGCGGUGAAGUUGGGACAGGAGGAUCAGGGGUUGGGACCGGGCCUGGGUUGAUCACAGAGCCCAAGCAGGAGCAGCAAAGCCCCAAGAAGGAGAAGACCCAUGCCCUCCUCCACUACCUCCUCAACAAGGAUGAUUCCAAAGACCCAGUGGAUGUCAAGCCCAAACUUGAAGAACUAGAGGGGAAGGGACCUACAGGGGCUGCUGGUGGCCCUCCACGAAACGGCCCCGGAUCUGGGCCAGGCCCUGCACUUGAACAUCACGAGAACAAGAUCAAAUCAGAACCACCUGACGAUCUGCACAACCUAGAGUCUAUCCUGGGAGAUCUGAGGGGUUCGAGCUCUGACUUUUACUCGGAUCAGGCUGGAGGUGGAGGAGCUAAUGAUACAGGAAACAAACCCCAGGGUUGUCUUGACGACAGCUUGCAGGGGAGUCCAGGAAUGGGUCCCCGGGGGCCCUUUCAGAGGGCCAUGUCCAUGGAUGGCAAAGCCCCUGAUGGGCCUGGAGGAGCAGGUAGACGUUCCAUGCUUGUCAAGCAGGAGGACAUGAUCUGCAGCCCAGACAGCUACCCAGGCAACAUGGGACCAAUGAAUAGGGGAAUGGUUCCCCAGAGGUCCCCCAUGGGGGGAUCAGGUGACUGGAGCAUGUCCCACUCCAGUGCCAGCCCUGUGGGCUCAGCAGGACACCCGCCCAUGAUGCGACCAGGCAUGGAGUACAACAGUGGCAAAAGCAUGAUGUCAGGACCCAUGGUCAACCGCUCCAACAGCAUGCCAGGCACCAGGUCUAUGCUGCAGCAGCAGCUCAUGGAUAUGGGAAGCUCUGCUGACAUGGGCAUGGGUAUGAGCUCCUUCAGCCAGCAGAGCCAGUCCAACCAGUCCCCGUCCUGGCCAGACACUAUGAUGGGCAUGGAGGGCAACAGACGGCAAUUUGGCAACACCUUGGAUGAUCUUCUGGUGCCUCCCACCACCAGCGAAGGUCAGAGUGAUGAGCGGGCACUCCUGGACCAGCUAGACUCUCUGCUGAAUAAUACAGAUGGUAUCGCUCUGGAGGAGAUAGACCGAGCUCUGGGAAUCCCAGACCUUGUCAGCCAGACCCAGGGUACAGAGCAGCAGCUGGAGCCUUUUCCAGGACAGGACCCAUCUAUGGUGCUUGACCAGAAGCCUCUCUAUGGACAGGGCUAUCCCGGACCACCUACCAUGCCGAUGCAGUCUGGCUAUGGAGUGAACCCCAUGCAGGGUCAGGCCCAGCAGGGUGGGUUUGGGCCCAUGCUCUCACAAAUGGGCCAAGGUGGCAGUUUCCCUGGUAUGGGUGGAAUGGGGGGCAUGGGGCACCCUCGUGCCAACAUGAUGAGACCCAGAAUGAUAAGUGCCAACAAGCCCAUGAGGCUCCAGCUGCAACAGAGGCUGCAGGGACAGCAGUUCAUGAAUCAGGCACGGCAGGGCAUGGCCAUGAAGAUGGAGAACCCAGGUGGAAACCCUGGCAUGAGACCCGGCAUGCAGCCUGGCAUGGGAGGACAGCUGGGCUUCCUCAAUGCUCAGAUGAUGGCUCAGCGCAGCAGGGAGAUGGUCACCAUGCAGAUGCGGAGGCAGCGCAUGAUGAUGCUGAUGCAGCAGCAACAGCAGCAGCAGCACGUCACAGCUCCCGGAGGCAUGGACAACCCCAUGGGAGGGCCAAACAUGGGCCAGCCAGGCCCCCAGCAGUUUGGCUACAGUGGAAACUAUGGUAUGGGACAGCAAGGAGACCCCACGUUUGGCCCAUCAGGUGGCAGUCCUCCUAAUGCCAUGAUGCCAAGUCGCCUGGGGCCUCAAAACCCCAUGAUGCAACAGCACCCGCAGGGUGGUCCCAUGUACCAGGGUGCAGAUAUGAAAGGCUGGUCACAAGGAGCCAUGGGACGCAGCAGUUCGUACCCUCAGCAGCAGUUUGGGCAGCAGGGACCUCCAGGACAACAGCAGUUUGGGCAGCAGGGCAAUCCAGGGCAGUAUGGCAGCAUGAUGAUGAAUGGGGGCAUGCCAGCCAGCGGAGGAGGAGGCCACAUGGGUCAGAUGGGAGCACAGAUGGGUAUGAACCCAAUGGUGAUGGGACGCAUGCCUAUGGGGCCUGAUCAGAAAUACUGCUGAACACCAUGACAGGCAUUUGUGUAACUGUGAUCUCCGUCGCAGACAGGACACAGCUGCAGUACUGGUGUGUGUCUGUGUGCAGUGCUACACUCCCACCACACGGGGGAGUGAACUUCCUUUGGACUCACAGCCAGUGACUGUAAUCUGGCAACCUGAGAAAAACACACAGUCACAUCACAAACAUACAUGAAAACAUACAGCGUUCAUGAAAAUCUGAAACACUGUGACUUACACGCAUACAGACAGACAGUUCUGUGAUUCCUCUUGUAGACUAUAGUUCAAUAUUCCUGUAUGAGCAGUGUGUCUGUCUCAGUAAACACACGCCACUCACUGGACCGAACAAUGAAGGUGGACAGUGAGCAGUUCACAGAGCUGGAUAAACACAUAAAGACACCUUCUCCUUUGUCGAAUGUACGAUGACACUGUGUUCAGAUUUAAAAUGUGGGAUUCCUCUGUUGCCUCUGAUCUUUUUGGGACUUUUUCCGCCGUCUCUCUCUGCUGCUCCUGGAGGAUCUCUCUGCGAUGUAAAGUAAACACGGUUCUAGACGACAAGCCAUCAGAUUGUGACACUCAAGUGAAUGUCAUGAAGCAGUAGCACAUUGUUUCAACCUCCAGGACGCCGCUAGGCUAAAGUAUGACUGAAUUACUUGUUGGCCGAUUGCACUUUAAGAAAAGGCCAACAUCAAAAGGACUGUGGCAAUAUAGAGGCCUUUAACCAAGACGUAAUGCAUAGCAGCAGACAUUUACUGCAUGUGUGUGUUCUUGUACUUGCUCUAUAGUGAGGACCAAAAAAGUAUUUUUUGCUACAGAGUGAGGAC